AGUGUAAGUUGGUUGGUUACUGUAUAUCAGCUAAACGUCCUACGUCGGACUGAUAGACACAGCCCAAACUUCAGAAACCUCAACUCUUAAUAAAUUAAAUAGCAGACAGUAGAUUAGAUUUCUGAUAGUAUGUUGUAUCUCUAGGCUCGAAUUUGUUUUGUUGGAGUACAAAGUCUUAACACCAUCCUCUAGAACUCUACUUAUCUGUUUCGAACUUAAUUUCAUAGCAAUGACUAGUACUGCAACAGCUGCUUUGCGAGCUGCAAAGGCUGCAUUACGAGGUGAAUUGAAAAAAAGAAUUGCUAGUAUACCGCAUGAAGAACAAUUCCGUCAGUCUAAAAUAGUGACUGAAAAAGUACUUGAGAAUGCUCGUUUCAAAGGAUCCCGUCGUAUAUCAAUAUAUCUUAGCAUUAAUGAAGAAAUAAGAGUUCAGACUGCUGGGAUAUUGGAGCAAAUAUUUAAGCAAGAUAAAGAAUGUUUUGUCCCCAAGUUCACACCAAAUAGUCAUACAAUGGCCAUGUUAAAAAUUCAUUCUUUAGAAGAUUAUGCUAAGCUUGUUGCUGAUAACUGGGAGGUGAAACCUCCCACUGAUGAAGAUAUGAAGCGGGAAGAUGCAAGUUCUACAGGUGGUUUAGACCUCAUGAUUGUACCUGGUUUAGCUUUUACAAAAAGGGGGCAUCGCCUUGGUGGUGGAAAAGGCUACUAUGAUGCUUAUGUUCAGAACUGCUCUCAUGACCCCCACGGAAGACCUUAUACUAUAGGAUUGGCAUUUAGAGAACAAAUACUUCACAGCAUUCCAGUUGAUGUCCAUGAUUUUAUGGUUGAUGAAGUUAUGUAUCCUGAUGAUUAAAUAAUUUUUUUUUAUGUGCAUAUCCUUUGACAAAUAAAACAUAUCUGUUUUUAAAAUUAGAUAUAUUUAAAUCAAAUUUUAUAUGAAAUGUUUUUACUAGAAGAACAAAUUAAGUAAAAUUUUAUUAGAAAACUUAUAUGUAUUCUUGUCAGAUAUUUUAAUUUUGAAAAAAUUGAGCUAAUGCUUAUAGAAUGAUCUAGGGAGCCCAGUAUAAAAUGGAAUCUGCCCUUUGAAGCAGGAUUUUGCGGCUGGAGUUUCACAAAGCUCAGAUGUUUUGUGAAGUUCUGCAAAAAAUAGCAAUAAAUAAGUUACAUAUAAGUGUAUUGAAUCAUUUUGUAAUUUCAUAUUAAUAUAUUUAAUAAUUUACAUGAAUUUUCUAAAUAUUAAUACUAGAAUUUGAUAAUUUAUCUUAUACUUUUUCAAGUAAUUGUCAUUAAAUGACUUAUGAAGUACUCAUGAAUAUGAAUGAGAAUUAUUGUAGUGAGUUUUAUCUAUUUAUCUUCUGCUUCCAUAUGUUAUGCAAGAUUUUUUUGGGAGGUGAUAAACAAAAAACUUCUGUAUCAAGUCUUUUCAACAAGCAUUUUGAUUCCCCCCCCCCCCCGUCUUGGUUUAUAAACAUACAAAAAAUAUGCUACUUUUUGCUUAUUGCCAUUCAUUAUGAAAAAAUAUGUUUUCAAAAUAAACUGCAUAAGAGGCAAAAACUAUUAAUUGUAAUAAAUACUGGUUUUCAUAUAGGGCUUGAUUGAGAUUUGAAUAUCGUUUCAUGAGUUACACUAGCUUAGAAAGAUUGAGAAAUGCUACCAUUCUUGAUACAGGGCUUUAAUCCUUUCUUUCCUUUUUUUUUUUUUUUUUUUUUUUUUUUUUUUUUUUAAUUUGGCAGUUGGGAAUUUUAUAGCAGUGAUCUCAAACUGGCAGCCUGCAAAGACAUUUCCGUUAUUAUUUAAUGCAAGUAUGAUGUUGCAGAGAUUUCAGGAGUCUACUUAUUUGAAAUCCAAGUUUACAUUAUUUUCAUUUCCGUUAAAAUCAAACAUGAAUAAUGCACCACAAAAUCUAUAAAUAGAGAUAAUCAAAUUGUAGAGGGAUAUAAAUCUUUAUUUACAGAUUUUUAGGUACAGAUUUUAUUAACUUUGUUGGUACUUUACAAAGAAUAAAUAAGCUCAGUAACGAAUUCUUGUACUAAAAAUAAUUGCUUAAUUUGGGGAUUUACCUCUGUGUAAACAGAUUUUUUUUUCACAGUAGAAAACUAGUGAGAAAGAACCAGUUGACCAGUGAACAUCUGUGAUGAAGGUAAUUUGUAGUAAUUUUUCACCAAGGUUACACACUUUAUCAGAAUCGUAACACUGUCAAGUAUCAAGCUUUAGUAAGAAAUAAAGACGUUUAUAAUCACUUACAAACAUGCAUAUUUUUAUUUGUGUGUCGAAGGAAAAUUUAAUAAAUAAGAAAAAGAACGAGUUGUUAUUAUCUAAAGUUUUGUUCCACUUGGUAUAUUUUCUCUUUUAAUCUUUUUCUAAUUUAUUUUAGUUGUUUAUUUUUAGUUUAAAUUAAAGUAAGUUUUUUGCAUGUUAUAAUUAUUUGGGAGAAAUGUCAAGCUAAGAAUUUAAGAUGUAGCUAUCAGUAUAGUUUAAUUGCAAAAUGUAACCAACAAAAAUGUACAAGUAGGUACCAAACUUUAGAUUUGGAUUAGAAAAAGUAAGUAUAAAUUUGUUAAUAAUUUUUUUUUAAGAAAGAUUAUGGUCUGUCAGCAGGUUUUAGGUUAAACAUUUGGCCCACAUGCAAAUUUGAGUUUGAGACCAAUGUUUUAUAGUUUCUUCAGUAACUUUCAAUUUUGCCAAAAUUUGCAGUUUAUUGUUAAAUAUUUUCUUUAUAGUAACACUAUAAGAAGACAUCUGGUAGAAUAUAUUUUUAAAUAGCGUUAUAUUCCAAAAUAUAGCAGGUCCAGAAUAUGAAUGCAUUCGUGUUCAAAAUUAUGAGUGCUAUCACAACAUAAUGAUAAUACUAGAUGUUUCAACUAUUUGAAUGUUGGAGCAUUUAUUUAAACAAGAUGUAGUGGUGUUUAUAUAUAUUUAACACAGAUCAGUAGGUUACAUUUUAUAUGGACCACACUUCAGUUUGAAAUUUUCAGUCUCUUAAUGUAUUUUCAUUGCCUUUUCAAAAUGUGAAAAAUUCUAGAUUUUCCCUAAUAGACCAGGAAUUAAAUAUUGUAAAUGGGAACCAAAAGUGAUUAGAAGGCUGAGAAUUCGAACAUUGGCCAGAUAAAUAUUGGUAAUAAAGUAGAUAAAUGUGUGUAUAUGCUGCUAAACUACACAAAAUUCUAAGAGAGACCAGGGCUUAAUUUCUAAAAUCAGAAGUGCUGGAUCCCUCUAGAAGGCCAUCAGAAAGAAGGGGGUGAAUAAAUUAACUGAAAAAACUAAUAAUUAAAAUAAUUAAAUUAAAAUUUGAUAAGUGUAAAGAUGUAAAUGAAAAAUUAAUAAGUUUUUAAAUUAAUGAUAAAUAGUUAAAGAAAAGAAAUAAAAUAUCGGAGCUAGUCUUAUUUGGGGCUGCAAUUGGACUUAAAUUUCAUACAAAAACUAUGAAAUAGGCAAAUAGCUCAGUUGGCGUGUGGCUGAAUUUAGACCUUAAAUAUUCACUAAAACAUACUGUUUCAAUGGAGUGGGGAACUAUUAUUUUUCCAGCAUACCAAUGGAAAGCAAUUAAAGCGUCACUAAUGAAAAUGGAGAGAAUGCUAGAAAAUAUCUAAGAGUAUGGAAAGAAAUUUUAUGGAGAAUUGUAGCUUUGAAAAGAAAGAGAAAAGUGUCCAAUGCUUUCUGAUCACAAUACCUUACCAAUGUAAUUCUAUCUGUCAAGCAGAAUUCCACUGGCCGAAACAAUUUUCUCCAAAUCCGAUAUAAUGACAUCACAAAAACAAAUUUAAGGUCUGCUUUAAGUGACAAUAUUUUUACCCCAUAUUUCGUUACAUAGUUCAAGUCUGCAGGAGCUUUGCAGUGAGAGGUUACCAGCACUGGAUGUGGAAGACCAAGAUAAUCACAGUUAAUACUUUUGGGAGCAAAAUAUUCCUUCAAUAAACUGCUUUCAUAAAUUUAUUGCAUUACCUGGAGAAUAAGCCUUUGAAAUAUGGAUGGCGGCUUUUCUUUCCUUGAAAGUCUUAAUCUUCAUCAAAUAUUUCCCAGAGAAAGAUAGACAUGAAUUCGGAAGUUAUAAUUGAUUUUAAAGGUAUAUAUAUUUUUUUUAAAUAAAAUGUGUCCUAUUGAAACAGUGUUUCCCUUACAUAAAAGAAGUACUGGAGCCUUUUUACUUAGGGAUCUAUUACGUUCCAUUUAAAAUUACGAUUUACAUCAGAAACUGAGAAGUACUGGAGCUGGGUUCCAGUGGGCUCCGGUGCAGUUUAAACUCUGAGAGAGACUGAAGAUUGUGCACUAAAAUAGCUAGAAGUGCUACCUAUAAUUUCAAAAGAUGUUAUAAAAUAUAAAAUUCAGCUCUUUUGCUGGAUCUUGGUAAUUUCUAAAGCUUUCUUAUUUCAAAAUUCAAAUUCUUUUUCAUCGUUCCCACCCUCAAAAAAGAGGAGGGCACCCUCGAAAUAUGUGGACUAGGACUUAGCUGUAUACAAAAAUGGAACAGUGGCCCAUCUAGGUAUUCCCCCUUCCCCCCAAAAAGAAGGAAAAUUUAGUUGUGGUUUUUUUUUUUUUUUUUUUUUUUUUUUUUUACCUCUUGUAGGUCAAAUAUGAAUUUACUGUAAUGCAUGUUUGGUAUAUGGAAGGAAUUUUUAUUUAAUUUCUCAAAGAUUAAGCUGCUAAAUUGUUUUCCUCUUUAAAACAAAAUGCAAAACACUAUUUAAAACAAAAUUUAGACAUUUGAAAUUUUAUUUUAUUUGUAUGGGCCAAAAGGCUAAUAAAAUGUAACUGACAGCAGUUAAACUCUAUUGUAAAAUAAAAACUCCUUCAGAAGAAGACUGGUAUAUCAUACACACAUUCAUCUUGUCUAUUUGGGGGAAAUAAGCACUCCUUAUGUUUAAGCCUUGCUUUUAUGAAGUAACUAAACGGCCUUUGUACAGCAUGUAGUUGCUUUUAAUUAAUAUUUGUGUACUCAUAUCUCUGUAUAUUAUAGUUUAAUCUAUAAUAUGCACAGAUUUUUAUCUGUGUAUAUUAUAGAUUAUAUAUUAUUGGUGUAUAAUAUGCUCAGAUUUUUAUCUGUGUAUAUUUUAUAGGCAGUGUUACUUGUUUGCAUUCAUUUAGAAUUUUUUUUUAAUAUGUGCUAUAUUAUGAAACCUUUUCUUAUUAUCAAGUUCAAAUGAAAUAUUGAAAACACAUACAUAAUUAAAAUUGACUUGAGCUUUAAGGAAAAAAAUCUGAAUUCUUCUGUAGUUUUUUUCUAAUCUUUGCUACGCUUAGUUGCGUUUCCAUCCAGUCAGGAAUAAAAUAAUUUUGCAUUAUAUUAUUAUGCAGGCUUCUUCAGUAAUUAUUGGGCUAAAAAUACAUUAAUAAUGACCUUUUACAAAAAUAACUAAGAUGAAAAGAUCUGUGUAUGUGUGAUUUGGAUUAUGUACUCACCAAAUCAUAAUUUUUUACCUAAAUAAAACUGUGCUGACUUUUUUUAUGCUUUUGUUUUCAUAACCCCUUUAUUUUGUAUAAUUUUCCAAGAAACUGAGAAGGAAUAAACUGAAAUAUUAGGAAAAAGUGAAAUUUUUCAGCCUGACCAAAUAUAUUAAUAAAAGUGAAAUUACAAGGAAAAUGUUUAAUUUGUGCAGUAUCAGCAAAAUGAAUUGAAAUAGUAAAAUGUUUUUUAUAAAAAAAUUUUAAUGUCUUCAUGAAACAAUUACAAAAAUACAUACAUAAAAUGAAUUUUAAAAAAAAUUUUUGUGGCCAAGAUUACAAUAAUUAUUGUUCUUGAAUUUAAUCUUCUCUUUUAUAAAUUCAGAAAUUUGGCUAAGGAUUUAUUUAAUCAAGUCUUCUGCCCUGAAAAGAGUUUGCUUGAAUCAAACUUUAUUUGUCUCUCAUUUUUUUAUUAUUAUUAUUUUUCUCCUUAAAAUAUUUGUUACAUUUUUUGUGCUUUUUUUAAAUUUGCUUUAUUUCUUAAUUAUAAGACUUUAUUACUACUACAUUUUAAUUUAAUUUUGUGUUUGUAUUUUUAUUAUUAGUUAAUUUUUCUUAUUGUUUCAUGAGGAUGUUAAAUAAGUGUGUAUAAAAAUUUUAUUAAUACACAAUAUAUUUGUAUAUGUUAUAUAUGUGUGUAUAUAUUGUGUUCAGUAUAGUGUUUUCUUAAGCUACUAAAUUAGUUUAAAGGAAUAUACAUGACACAUAGAUUAGAUUUUUUUUUGUUCAGUAAUUAGUGAAAGUACAUGGUCUUGCUAUGAGUAAUAAUAGUUUAGUUUAAUUUUCAUUUAAAAGAAAUAUGUUAUAAUUUAGUUUUGUCAAAGGUAAGAAGAUAUCUAGUUUAAUUUUAAUACAGCUAAAAUAAAAACAGAUUGCAUAUUUAGUUUUAUACUUAAUGUAGGCAAAGACGUAUUUCUUUGUUGUAUUUAAGUUGAAGUAGGUUGUGCAUUAAGGCAAAUAAAAAUUUAUUUACCUGCUUAAUUUAAUUUUAAAGAAUGUUUUUCUGUUUGAUAGGAAUUUUGUAUUAUAUCUGUUGAAAUAGAAUGUGAGGAGUAAAGUCGAACACACUGAAAGCAAGGGUGGGGACUUCACUUUUAUAGUAAUCAUUUCAGUAAAUAAUCACUUUCUAAUCACUUCAAUAAAUAUAUAUUUAUUUGGCUUACAGUGAAAAGACAACCAGCUUUCCAAUCUUUUUUUAAUUUCUAGAUAGACUGUAAUGCCCUAGUUAAUAAGGUUGUAUUUGGAAUUUUACUGUAUUUGAAUUAUGUUACAUAGUGUAAGCUUGGUAGCCUUUUAUGUUUAUUAUAGAAGAAUUGGAAUUAACAUGUAGUGAAGUUCCCUAUUAUAAUAAAAUUACUCUAUGAUGUGCAUUUUUAUUGACAUUAAAAAAUAAUAAUAAUAAAGUUAGGAAUGGUAAAUCAAUUUUUGGCUACAUUCAGCUAUUAUUUUUUCAUGUUUCUAAUGAGAACUUAUCACAUGAAAUUUUAAACCACAAAAAAUUAUUAAUCAUUUUAAUAAGUUUUUGUUUCUUGUAAUCAUACACUGUAAUGAAUUUGAACUUGUUCAGUUAAAAAGAACUUACUCAUUUAAACAUGUUUAUUGCUACAUAAGUUUUCAAGACUACAUACUUAUUUUUUACUUUUGUGUUACUAUAUCCCUAUGUGUUUAUUUUUUACACAAUGUAUCUAUCUAAUUUGUUAUUAGCACAUUUAAACUUCAUAUGCAUUAGAAUGAUAAAGCAUUAUGUGGUACAUUUAUGUAACUUUAUCUCUUCUAGCUGUGCUAUAUGACUCUAUCUUGAAUUUAAAUGUUGACUCAUUAUGAUGAGGAAAGAAUAUUGCUUAGGUUUUUGUUAUUUUGUUAUUGGUACCAUGCUGAAAUAAAUUUACUGUUUCAUUCUUGAUAUCUAGUAAUUAUACUGCAAUAAUAUUAUGGUUAAAAGCUAUUUGUGACUAAAAAAACUAUUUCUAAGCUGCUUGUGAUAUUAAUAGCAUUUUUUUAAAAUUUAUUGUUGGUGUUUUAAUUUAACAAAACUCUUCAAAAAGUACUGUGUAAUUCAUGCAACUUUUGUAGAUAAUUUUGUUCUCAUCUAAAGAUAUUUUCAUAAAAAAUUAAAAUAAAGAUAUUUGAAUAAUUACAGCAAUAAGACCAUUUAUAUUUUCUUUUUCAUUUCUAGAACCUAAAAUGGAAUUAAUCCCUUUUCAUUAUGACAUAGUGCAAAAUUGGGUACAGCUAAAAAAAAGUGUUUAAGGUAUGAAAAAAUGUUACACUUAGGUGUGAAUUAAACCAAAGACAUUACCUAUGAUACAUUUGAAAGACGGCUGUUUUAUAUAAAAAUCAAGAAAAUUGUUCCCCAUGUGUUGCUGUCGUAAAAGUAUAAAAAUAUUUUUUUUAAAUUCUUGUCAUUUUAUUAUUUUAAUUUUAACAGGUAUUUCAUUUAAAAGAUAAAAGUAAUAGUUAUCAAUGAAAAAAAAAAGCCUUAUAUUAAGAGAAGUUAACUGAAUUAAUAUGAAUACUUUAGCAAAGAGGGGAUAUAUAGUUUUAUGUUAGCCAGAUAUAAACUUAUCUCAUAGCACUCAAAAAGCAUGGAUAGAAAUAAAUUGCCAAGCAUAGUUUUUCUUAUCACCAAACAGGGUAAUUCUUAUAUAAAAAUUUCAUUCAAAAACAUCUUAAUAAGAGUUUUAUGCAAUGCUUUUAAAAUAUUGUAAUAAAUUUAAUAUAUAAAAAAAAAUUACUAUUGUUUCAACAUUAUGAAGGUCAUUUUAUUAGUAAUUUUUUAUUCGUCAUCAUAAUCAGUAUGUGUGAAGUAAAACCUCAUUUUGCAAUUUAGCACUUGUUCUCUGCAAAAAUGCAAGUUUGAGAUGUUUUUAAUUUACACUCUCCAAAAUUAGAGAAAUCUAUAAUAUAAAACAUUCAGUAUAGGUUUCUUCUUGACUUGUAAAAUUAACAGAUUUUCGAAGUGUAUUUUCGUUUGAAUGUGUUCAUAUAGAGAAUGUGCUAUAUGAGAUAACAGCACACUUCUAAAUAUGUUUUAUAAUGAUGAUCAGUUAUACUCUUGUCGUACUGUUGUUAUAUUAGAUUUAGUAUUAAUUUCCAUCUAUAUGUGUAUACUAGACAAAUAUAUUUCAGAACAUGAACAUAUCACUUUGUGUAUUACCUAGACUCUACAUAUAAUAAAAUUUACUAGUAUAUUACCUAGUUUUAUGUUGGUUGCAAAUAUUAUCAGCGUUCAUUAUCUAUUUUAUAAUGAUUCAUGUAUAUUUUGAACCAUUUUAAAUAAAAUGUAUUUCCCCCCUUAUAUGUGUAUAUGCACAGUGAUCGAUGUAGUAUUAUGUAAAUACUGAAAAUUUUAUAAUGAAAAGUUUUGUGAUUGUAUUAAAAUUUGUAUUGUGUGUUGCUCAAUGUAAAUUAAUAUUGUAUGUAAAGAAAUCAAAAUAGUCUUGCCUUCAAAAGUCAGAGUUUGUUUGACAAUUCUUAUCUCAUAGCUGCAGUUCCUAAUCAAAAAAAAUCCUUCCCUUCAAAAAGGGAGAUUUAAUGUGAUUAUUUUAUUGUAAUGGCAGAAAUUCCUAUUUUUUACCCAUUUAUUCUUAGUUCCAGCUGUACUGCACUGGCAACAAAUAAUUGCAGGUGUCUUUUAAUUGUAUUGUUUAUUGAAAACUGUGAUUUAAGGCCCAUUUCCAUUACUGUGUUGCCAAUGUGAUGCAUAUGCGUUUCUCCAAUCAGCGAGCGAAUUCACUUUGAUUGACAUCUGCAAUCUGGUGUGCAAUGAUGGAUGACAAUCGGAUGAAGUUCAAUGAUGUUUAAUUUCUAUCUGUAUGUCUGUGGAAGCUCUGGGGUCAUGUAGUAAAAAAGGAGCAAUCAGGUGUUGUCACCAAAAAUUAAUGCUGACAGAAAUAGCGAUGAAUGCUGAAUCAGGGAAAGAAUGCUUUGCUAAAAAAUACUUAUUUCUGAAUUAACAUUAUAGUGAGAAAUCUGCAUGCUGAAAAAGACAGCAAUCAACUGAAUUUAGUUAAAAAAAAAAAAGAAAAGAAAGAAAAGAAAAAAUAAGAUAACUGCAACUACAGUACUAGUUUGCAGAGAGCAGUAGUGAUUAUUGUCAAGAAACUGCUAUAGCCAAUCAGAUAUGGCAUUAAAAGAUUUUUUUUAAACAGGUAAAGACUAAUAAUAUUAUUAGUAAAUUAAAUCUGAUAGCCUUUUAAAUAUUCUACUGCAUUAAAAGUAUGUUAAAUUUAUAUUUCUCUAUUUAUGAGUAUAUAAUUUUGGCUAACAUAUAUUUGUAAGCACAUCUUUCACUUAAAAUAUAUUUUUAGCACUCCAUCUAACUUCAAUUAGAACGCCACUUUAAAAUUAUGUUUUUGUAAGAAAUUCCCUAGAAGCUGAAGAACAAAUUCUGGUGAAUUUUUUAGACAAUAGCACACUGAAAUAAGACCAAAAAGUUUAGUUUAAAAAAUUCAUUUUCUUGAUGAUGUAUAUAAGCCAAAAUUGCUAAUCACAUGUGUGUGAUAAUAGCUAAGUGGUAAAGCUGACAGUGGCAGGACUUGACUUUUGGGAUCGUGAGUUCGAAUCCCAUGCUUUUUCCCCACCCUGUUUGCAACUUUCUUAGCUCCGUGUUCCAAUUUGAUCUAUAUUUGUGUUUAAUAAUUUAUUUGAUUUGUAUUAUCAUGUGCAUUAAAUAUAAUGUUUUAUUUAUGCUCUUAUUUAUUUAAAUUUUCCCCACAAGAAUUUAUUUUGAAAGUUAUAAUAUGAAUUUAAAUCGUACUUCCCUGUAUAUAUAUAUAUAUAUAUUAAUAUUUUGUUUCACUUUUAUAUGGAUAUACAUCCAUAUGCUGAGACAUAGAGAAGAAAGCUUAUCUUUAUAACUACUUUCAUAAAAAGAGAUAUGAAUUUAAAAUUUAUAAAUUAAAAAUAGUAUUUUAUAAAUUAUGUGUAAAAUAUAACUGCACAUAAAACGAGAUUUGCAAUAAAUUAUCCAGCUAUGACAGAUUUGAUGCUAAAAUUGUAUAUAUUACUCAUAUUCUUCCCAAAUUUGGUCAUAUUUUAAAAAUAUACAAUCUCACAUGGCAGUCAUCGGUGUUACAAGCAUAGCAAAUUUUGUGUAAAUAUUGUGAAUCUUUCUUUACAUUUGCUCUGUAUUUUUAAAGUACCAGCUAUUUUUAAAUGUUUUAAACUUUUUUAUUUGUUUUGCAGUAACAAUACAUUUUAGUUUCCAUUAUAUAUUAUUUCAUUAAUAUUUAAGGCUUCUAGAAAUGCAAAGAAAUUUUCAAAAAUUACUUCAGCUUCUAUGCAAUUAGAGAUGUUCAUAAUAUGCCUUACUUAUUAAAAAUUGCUAACGUGCUGUACUUUCACAGUUCAUAAGCAAAGGGUCCGAAUCCCGUAAGUUAAAUACAGAGACAUUUGUUGACAAUAAAUGCAAUCGACCACUGAACUUCUGUACUUGUAAAUCCAACGCAAUAGUGUAAAUGCUCGUCUGUCUGCGUAUGCAUUUCUCCCAAUGACGCUAUGUGUUCGCAUCGCACUAAUGGAAAUGGGGCUUUAUUCUUAAAACUGAAAAACUGUAUUGAAUGUUAGGAAUUGAUUUUCAAUAGCUGUCAUUCUGAAUAUUGUGAACAUUCAGUUGACAUUGUCUGUGAUUAUUGAAUGUGAUGUUUGCCUAUCUUUUUUAAUUAAUACCUAACAAGAUUAUUUAAAUUUAAGUUAUAAUGAGUUAGAUGGGUAAUGUUUGGCUAAAUUCAUACUAAUAUGUGUUGUACUAGUAUAUGUUAAACAAGAUUUCAUUGUGAAAGUAUGUGUGUAGUCAUUCUGAUAAUGUCUUCUUUUGUUACUUAAAUGAAAGCUAUGUUAUGGAAGCCAUGAUUUCCUCACCUCCCCCAGGGCAAACAAAUGAAUAUCUUCAAAACCUUUGAUUUAGGUAGGAUAGUUAUGCUUUAGAAGGGAGAACAGUAAAUCACCAUUAUUUACAGUAUUUGACUUUUGAUGAUACUGAAUUAAUAUUUAGAUUAUAAUGUAUUUUAUUGUGUAAUAUGUUGAUUGAAAUAUAUUGAUUAUUUAUGCUAUUAUUAAAAUACUAUAUUAAAGCAUUUAGAGAAGCCAGCUUGUAUAAUCAAUGAUAGAUGUUUUGGGUCUGUUAUAAAUAGAUUUCAAUAAUUCUGAGUUUGUUAAGAAGAUAUUCAUUGUAAUAAAUUUAUGUAUCUAUAUUAUUUAAAAAAAGUGAGUGAUCCUCUUCCCCCCCCUGCCCAAGAUUUAAUUUAAUUGUAUUUUGGCCCCUAACUGUAGCACUACAGGCUGUGUGUUUUAAUCUGCAAGACCAAGCUAGCUUUGAUAUGGAAAUGGUUCAUUUUCAACAUAUCAUUUUCAGCAAAUUUCAGUCUCAUAAAUGAAAUAACAUAGAUCUGUAAUUACCUAAAGAAAAUGUUCAGUUUUUGUUUUUAUUGCAAAUAACAGUUUUAAAUUACUGAAACUAUUUUCAUGAGUAAAAAUUAAAAAAGAGCAUAGUAAAAGUUAAAUAGUUUUGUAGCAUAAAUUUUGCAAAAGUAAGAAUUUUGCAAAUUUUUUUUAAUACAAGAGAUUUUUUAAAAAAAAUCUUCAUAUCCCCUCAACAACUACGAAUUCAGUUUCAGAAAUAUUUUUCUAGAAUACUCUCAACAUCAGGCUAGUAACAAAAUUAUCCUUAUAAGAAAGAAAAAAUUUAAUCGGUAUUCCGUGUAGAAUUUUAUUAUAGUUACUGAAAGGUGUUUUCGUUAGUUUCAAAUUGCUCCUGUUCUUGAAGAAUUACAUCAAUACUUUAUUAGAUUUUUGAAUUAUAUCCAAAAGUAUAUAGAGCAGCUUUAGCAAGUUGGCGAUAGUGAAAGGAGAGAGAGAAUACUACAUAUCCAAGAUGAAAUCUAUGUUUAGAAUGAAUCGAUUUUAAUUCAUAUUAAACCCUAAUGGUAAAUGAUAAGUUUCAUUUCCCAAAUUUGAAAUAAUUUUUAGUUGACAUAGUGUCUACAUUAUGAGCAUAAUGUAAGAAUUGGAUGACAGGGAUUAAUUUUGAAAAUUUGUUUCUAAUUUGUGGCAUAAUAUUUUAUUAUACAUAUCUAAAUCAGUUCUUAAAUAAGUAAUUUGUUUAAACUAAAUAUUUGCUAAAAAAUAUUCAAUUAAUUACACAUGCAUAUUUGUAUUAGAGUGCAGAUAUUUUUGAACAAAUGUUAAUAUUGUGAAAAGAUGCUAAAAUUUGUGCAGUUGCUGUUAAAUUUGAAAUUUAUGCUUCUAGCUAUAUCUUCUCUUCAAAUGGGUAAUUUGAUUGCUGUCUAAAUUGUGAAAUGAAAACUAGUUUAUAAUCAAAAGUAUUUUUUAUAUGUGUUAUUUUUAUACAAGUAGAAAUGUUUAUAUAUGAUAAUAUUUUAAAAAUUGUAUAAAUAAGAUGUUUCUAUUGCCAUUUGGGAUGAAUGUAGUGAAAUAAAUUAUUGAAUUAAAA